GGAGUAAAGACCAUUGUAUCAGUAGACGUCGAUGGAGCCUUCGGCGUCGAUGGCAUGAACAAGGCCUUGACAGGCAGCCAUAAUGGGAGGGAGGAAGGGGAGGGACAAGAGGUCGAAACUGAGGUCCCUAGGGCAGCAAAGGCCGGCUUAUAUACAGGAGAAGAUAAGCGCAGGCUGUGUGUACUGGUCCAUGCGCAGCUGGCCCAUGCGCAGCAUGCUGACGUGUCCCUGGGGGCUGGUGAGUCAGAGCGGCUGUGUCAGUGGAGCCCGAGCUGUGCCAUGCACUGCUGUCCUAUCUAA